CCGCCUCCGCCUGAAGCUCCACUAUCUUUAGCCCGGCCGCGGAUUACGCUGCGCAGUGAGUGCGUGUGGGAUCAGACGGAGGACGGCAUCCCGGCGCUCGGCUUACUGCUGCACACUGUAACGUCGCGCUUUUAGCUCUCCCUCUGCUUCACUUGGACAAGCGCAAAAAAAUAAAUAAAUUAAAUAAUAAAUCUAAACAGAAACCGGCGACAGCGACAAAAUACGCGAAAGAAAAGUGAUGGGGGAGGAAUGACAACAACAGCCGUCGGUCCCCCCGCGUCAACCAGAAGACCUCCAGGAUGCUGCUGCUCUCCGGUCCGCGGUGCGGCCACCAGCGCGGGGCCUCGCUGCUGCUCGCCGCCGCGCUGCCUCCGCUGCUGCUGCUGCUGCUGUGUUACGUCCCUGUCGGCGCCAGCCUCCCAGCUCACAACAGGUGCCCUCAGCCGUUAGACUGUGCCCAGCUGAGACGCCACCACUGCCGGCCCGGCUCGUCUCACUGCGGCUCCUGCCUGUCCCCGUAUAGAGAGAACGACGACGGACGCUGCGUGCUGUCGAGGCGCCAUAAAAGUGGCAAAGUGACGACCUUCACUGAUCUGGACGAAGAAAUUGAUUUCCUUCACUCCAUCAUAGAAAAGCAGGAAGUGUCGAAGAUCAAAACAACAGGAAAUCAACCUGAGAAAACCGCUUCCAUUUCCUCCCAGAUGGAAAGCAGGACAGGGGCGUCCAGACAGAAAUCCCAGAACCAGGACCGGCUGUCGGGGGAAAUCCCGCGUAGCACCGCGGCAGCUCCGAUGCCCGCGGGCACCGCCCUCCCUCACAUGCCGACCACUCAGGAGAGUCUCACCGGAGCUGAUGGCCGAGCCGGUCCUUUAGUUGUGCCCCGACCCCAAAACGAUACCACCAUCGUCAUCAUAAUCUCACUGUGUGUCAUCGUGGGCACCGUGGCUGUGAUCUUGGCUUCUGUCUGUUAUGUCAAGCUGCGGACAGAAUCGCGCCUUGCAGAGAAGGUGGAUUACCCUGCUUUCAAAGGACCGAGCCUUCCUGCAACCACAGCUAACGGUUCUUCGGUGGGUGAUAAGAAUCUGGCUAAAAGCGCUCAGAUGUAUCACUAUCAGCACCAAAAGCAACAGAUGAUUUCAAUGGGAAACCCCAAACCUGAUCCAAAAAGCGCCGACACUGAGGUCACAUCCGACGAGGAGGAGGUGGCAGGAGGCUUCACGGUAUACGAGUGCCCCGGACUGGCCCCGACUGGUGAGAUGGAAGUGAAGAAUCCUCUAUUCGACGAUUCAACUCUAGACUACCAGGGGAACCCCAAGUGAACGUCCGAACACCUUGCAAACACUCAGACAUAUAUAAAUGAGAAAUGUCUCCGGAAGAAAGCUCCUGUUUUCUCUCUGCCUGCAUGGAAAUCGAGAAUGAUGUUGUGAAAAAUGAUUGUCUUCUCAUCUGCCUUCUAACAUAUUGGCCCCGCUAUGGCUUUUUAAUCGCUACAGAUGUGUAAUGGGAUCUCCUUACGUUAAUUUAUUUCUGACACUGUUGUAGAGAAACCCUGUCUUUUAAUUUAAUUGUUGUUGAUUUAAGUCUAAGUCAAGCUAGUGUUUGCGUUUUGUUCUGUUUAAGUGUUUGAUUCUGAGUUAAUGUCCCAGUUCUUUAAUUUUGCAGCUAUUUCCAAAGAAUAGAUACUAUAUACGUGUGUCUGUGUAUAUAUAUAUAUAUAUAUAUAUAUAUAUAUAUAUAUAUAUAUAUAUAUAUAUAUAUAUAUAUAUAUAUAUAUAUAUAUAUAUA